CUAAAUAAUAGUCGAAUCAAUCCGAUGUUUAAUUCUUUGUAAUUUUCUCCGCGAAACAUUUUGAACAAACACGAAAUCUAUCGCAGAGGCAUUUAGAAAUUCCAAAAAAUUCCAAGAAUUUUUUGUACUUAUCAGGAAUUUAUCGCAACAGCAGUUGCAUCAUCGAUGAUGCAUCUCGCAGUGACGACCCUACUUUUGUUCACCCAAUUCAGCGGCACGUAGUGUAAUAGUAGUACGGUUGCAAUUACAUCAUCUGUCGAGUGAAUGGACCAGGAGCAGUAACUCGGUGAUUCCGGUUCGGACAGCUAACUUUGACUAAGUGGAAACGGUCGCGCGAGUCGUGUGCCAAUAAUCAUUUACAUGGCUUUAUAUGGCGAGAGAUUAUGUGCCGCUAUCGACUCGGGAUAGGCAACAUCGAUUACGUCGACGACGAUACAAACGUGCGCAAGAAUAACCGAAUGUUAAUUAGUUUGCGAUUCCCGGUAUCUGAGAAUAAUAAAGGCAUGAAUAACGAAGUGUCGCUUUAGCAUUUUGCGGUACUGCCAUAUUGGGAGUCGUACAAAAACUAUAUUUAAAUUCUCAAUAAAUUAAACAGAAUUAUGAAUUAAGUAUUUUGAAUAAGAAAAGGACACAAAAUCUCGGAAAUUGCGUCUGAAUUUUACAUAUUUUUGAAACUGUCAGAAAAAGUUUAUAUAAAAAAAUGGUAUAAAAAUGUAAAUCGUAAAAAAAAUGAUAUAGAGAAAGAUUGAUUCAAAAAGUGUUAUUAAUUACAAAAUUUUAUUAAUUUUUUACUAUUGUCAUUUUUGCAAUUGUUACAACAUGCGACAAAUUAUUCCGGAAAAAAAGGAGCGAAAUGUACUGGAAUUCCUUCUUUGGAAAACGGAUACAAGUCCCACUUCCGGAGGACCCUUUAUCGAGUCACGAGUCGGAGAGGCGACGUUCGGGAGACUUCGACGAAGUGGCCGUACUUUUGCCCGUAUUUACACACCGAAUACCUUUCUCGAGAACAUCGUCAUUCUAUUCUCCCCGCUAUCGCACGCAUGGUGAAUCAUUGCGUACAGUUCUCGGAAGACAGUGCUUGUUACGUGUGCCGCUGUAUUACGAGGAGCCCUCCAUUAAGCGUUGGGUUCAGGCAAAUUCACGGUCUAUCUAAAAUGCAAAUACAAAUUGACAAAUUGAUUGCAACAGUGACCCAAGAGCAAUAGUAUCUUCACGGUUGCGUCAUCAGCCAAUGAAAGGAGGAGUUACUCAUCCAAGUAGGUCGGGAUAACUAUUAUAACAAAAGAAAAAAUUCAAAGUUCUCUCUCUCUCUCUCUCUCUCUCUCUCUCUCUGUGCACAAUUAUGUAUAAUACUAUACUGAAUAAAAUUUGCCGACAAACUAAGAUACUUAGUCUGAUACGUUCAAUUAAAUUUAAAUUAAACAGAUUUUGUUUACUUUUGAUUAAAAAAUUUUCGUGAUUGAUGAGAAUAAACUUUUUAUGCUUAGCUUUUCAACAAAUUUUUCUUCGAGUGUAAUUUUAAAUCAAGAGAGAAGAACAUAAAUAUAAUUUUCUCAAACCUUUUCUCCUCAAUUUCAUAAUUUUUGUUUUUAUCGAAUUCCUCAUCUAUUUCUUCAUGGGCAAUCGAGAAUGUACAAGAUGUCUCAGAUGGCUCUUCCUUCACUCCGUCUCCUUACCUCCAUUAACAAUAUGCCUUCUCUUCACGAUUACCUCAGCCUCGUUCUCCUCCUCCUUCUCUUCCUCCUCCUCCUCGUUCAGCCAGCUGAUUUCCGAUCCACCACCAUCGUAACGGCGUCCACCUCGUCAUCGUAAGGUCGUCAUCGUUAGUAGACGCGCCGACUCCGUUGACAGUAGAUGCGUGAAUCAUCGGGCCGAGCUGAUGAUAAGAUAUCAAGUGAUCGCGCCGGCAAAUCGGCAGUGUACCCGUGAAUUUCGCGCAGUGAACAACGUUGCUCGUAUGAGACGGCUUUCGCGUUUUUGCCGGAGGUGCUUGCGUACCAAUGACCAGGAUUUUGUCACCUAGUCUCAUGGUAACUGAGGGAAAGAUAGAAUUCGAUGCGAUUAAAUGAAGUUUGAUAGCGAGUAAUACAUCUGAAUGUCCGUAUAUAAGUAAAUCCAUUCUGGCUUUACAAGUGCGAGCGUGAACAGUUGGUGAGCGUUCGCGCAACGACAUCGCUGAGAGUGCGCUGUAAAACUUUCUCGGGCGUUUGAGAAUUAGAGAAAGAACCGAGAGGUGCGUUCGCUGUGCGUGGUUUUCAUGAAUAAGCGUCGACAGAGGAUUGAACAUGCUGCACAAGCAUGGAAGCAAGUCGCACGGCGUCGUGCAUAAGGGCAGAGGCGCUUUCCUAAAAUCCAUGUCGGAGUUCCCGGUGGAGGGAGGCGAGAACGGCGACAUGCACACCGUCAUGGAGAACUUCCAGAAGAAGAACAACCUGGUGAGAGCGCACCACGGCGCACAUCAUCCGCAGGUCACCACCACGUCGUCGCAGAUGCUGACGACAAAUCAGAGCCAGCACCAGAGUAGUAGCAGCACUAGUACCAGUACCAGCAGUAGCAGCAGCAGCAGCAGCAGGGUGGCCAAGUCCUCGCAGAGGAUUCUCACCUCGUCCUCGUCGAGUGAGAUGAAGGCGAGCUCCAUGAAGAGCGAUCUGACGGAGCUUAAACGCGGCAUUUCGGAAAUGAAGAACAUAUCGACUAAUUUUUCACAACGGCUGCGUAGCAGCGUGGAGAACCUCGUGGACAGUGGACCGGAAGAGACCGAUCUCACAGAACCAUUGGUGACUUUUCCGGAUCCGGACACGCCGCCACCCGUCAGCGACGCUGUCGUGUUGGCAGGCGGCUCUCCGUCCCAGUUGAGUUCCUUGAACUCGCUGAACAAUCUUCAUCACAGCAUAAGUCCGCCGAUAAACAUACCGAACAUUGCGAACUUACCUGCCGGUCAGGAAACUAUGAAGUUCGAACAAAAGAAAAUGACCAGCGCGUCGAAAACAAAGGUCGUCACGGAUGGAUUUAGCGCCGAGAAGGCUACGGCGAACAGUGCCGAGAUGAAAGCUCUGCAAGCCGGCGACGUCUCGUACAAGGAGCAGAGCGCCGCGACGGCGGCGAGGGCGCGCGUCGAACUCGACGGCGUCUCGGCGGAGAAGAGCGUCGCUGCUGCGAGGGAGCAGAGAAGCUUGAAGGCUGGUGAUCUCUCGCAUCAGGAGAGUAACAACAUGGCAGCAUCCACGAUGAAACUUCAGAGCGACUCUUUUACCUCCGAAAAAAAAGCGAUGGCAGCGCAACAGCAACGACAGACCGUCACUUCGACCGGCAUCUUCAACCACGAGAAGCACAUGGCGUCGAGCUCGCAGUCGAGCAUCACGAUCGCGUCCAAGUCGGGCGUGAGCUCGUCCAAGUCGAUGAUCACCGCGGCGAGCGCAGUUAAUCAGCUGAUGAACGGCAUGCGGCCGCCAACGGCCGAGGACGAGCUGUUGUCCUUACCGUUGGACGACUUGGAUCUGCUGUGCUCCAAAUCGAAUCCGCAGGACGUGGACUGCGCGAUCGCCAAAUACAGCAGCCUACUCGACAGCUUCGUGGAGCGGCUGAAGGCGAGCGCCGACAAGAGCAGCGGCACUGGUAGCAAAGCGCCGCAGCUGUUGAACAGGGUGAAUGAGAUUAUCCGGAAGGCUUGGGCCGUGCCUACGCACGGCCACGAGCUGGGUUACACCCUGUGCAACACCCUGAGAACGCGCGGCGGCCUCGACCUCCUCAUGUCGAACUGCGUGGCGAACGAUCAGGAGCUUCAAUUCUCAUCGGCCCGAUUGCUGGAGCAAUGCCUGACCACCGAGAACCGCGCCCACGUGGUGGAGAACGGCCUGGAGAAGGUCGUGAACGUAGCGUGCGUAUGCACGAAGAACGCCAACUCGGUGGAUCACGCGCGCGUCGGCACCGGGAUACUCGAGCACCUGUUCAAACACAGCGAGGGCACCUGCAGCGACGUGAUCAGGCUGGGCGGCCUGGACGCGGUGCUGUUCGAGUGCCGGAAAAACGAUGUGGAGACCUUGCGCCAUUGCGCGGGCGCGCUGGCGAAUUUGUCACUUUACGGUGGGGCCGAGAAUCAGGAGGCGAUGAUCAAGCGCAAAGUGCCGAUGUGGUUGUUCCCACUUGCCUUCCACAACGACGACAACAUCAAGUACUACGCGUGCCUGGCGAUCGCCGUGCUGGUCGCCAAUAAGGAGAUCGAGGCGGCCGUCCUCAAGUCCGGCACCCUCGACCUCGUCGAGCCUUUUGUCACGUCGCACAAUCCCUACGAAUUCGCCAAAUCGAACCUAGCGCAUGCACACGGCCAGAGUAAGAACUGGCUGGAAAGGCUCGUGCCGGUCUUGAGCUCGAAGCGGGAGGAGGCUCGCAAUCUGGCGGCCUUCCACUUCUGCAUGGAGGCAGGCAUCAAGAAGCAACAGGGCAACACCGAUAUCUUCCGGACGAUCGGCGCGAUCGAACCGUUGAAGAAAGUAGCCAGUUGUCCGAACGCGAUCGCGUCCAAAUACGCUGCGCAAGCUUUAAGAUUGAUCGGCGAGGAAAUUCCACAUAAGCUCAGCCAACAAGUGCCCCUAUGGUCCACCGAAGACGUCCGAGAAUGGGUGAAGCAGAUCGGCUUCGCCGACGUAGCCCCGAACUUUGUGGAGAGUCGAGUGGAUGGCGACCUGCUGCUGCAGCUGACCGAGGAGAAUCUGCGCGAGGACAUCGGCCUGACCAACGGUAUCAUGCGCCGCAGAUUCGCCCGCGAGCUGCAGAACUUGAAGAAGAUGGCCGAUUACAGCAGCCGCGACACCGGUAACUUGAAUAGCUUCCUGCAAUCUAUCGGCCAAGAGUUCUCCAUUUACACUUACGGCAUGCUGAACGCCGGCGUGGACAAGGAUUCGAUACGCAAUCUCUCAGAGGAUCAGUUGCUGACCGAGUGCAGCAUCACCAACAGUAUCCAUCGGCUCAGGAUACUCGACGCCAUAAAGAAUAUGCAGCACAAUCAGUUCAGCUCGUGCGAGUACGAGUCGCCCGACAAGUCCCUCGACGUCUUCGUCAGUUACCGCAGGUCAAACGGCUCGCAACUGGCGAGUCUGUUGAAGGUACAUCUGCAGUUGCGCGGCUUCUCGGUGUUCAUCGACGUCGAGAGACUCGAGGCUGGCAAGUUCGAUAACAACCUGUUGCAGAGCAUCAGGCAAGCCAAACACUUUCUGCUUGUGCUCACGCCACAGGCUCUGGAGAGGUGUAUACAGGACAGCGAGUGCAAGGACUGGGUACACAGGGAGAUUGUUGCCGCGCUGCAAUCGCAAUGCAACAUUAUUCCAAUUAUCGACAAUUUUCAAUGGCCGGAACCUGAGGAACUUCCCGAAGAUAUGCGAGCGGUGUGCCAUUUCAACGGUGUCCGCUGGAUUCACGACUAUCAGGACGCUUGCGUAGACAAAUUAGAAAGGUUUAUGCGAGGCGAGAUACCUAUGAGAUCUGAUUUAUCCGGCGGAAUUCCGCGCAGCAUGGCUCCCAAGGACGUGACCCAGCCGAGCACACCCGGUAACACGAAUAUACGACAGCCGCCUAAUUAUCAGCGAAUGCACAGCAACGAAAGCAGGGGCAGCGACAAGGAUUCCACGGGCGGACGAGACUGACUAGAUGGCCCGCCCACAGCCAUAUCGAGCAGACUUAGAAAGUCGUCGAGUCCAUCCCGUUGGUUGAUGGGCCUGCCACCCACGUCGCCGCGUUUCAAGUUCAUGUACACGCAUCCGGUAAGUGCCAGCAGCAAUUUUGCGGUGCCUCGCAGGCCACCGCGGCAACCACCUUCACCGUCGACGCGAUCCCGUUCGCUGGAAUUACUGGACCAACAGGACCAGGAGCGGAAGUCGGUCUCAUCCGCGAUCGUCCAACGGC